UGACUUGAACCUGAAUAAUAUUUACACUACUCUUUGUGUCAUGUUAGCACAGAUGGGUGGAACUUGUUAGAGAACAUGAUCAUUUGGGACCUAAUUGUUUAUGAAAGUAAACAUUGAUAUUAGUUUCAAACAAGAUGCUAAUCACAUAUAAGGUGUCACUACAGUGUCAUGUGGCAGUACUUCCAUGGAGGCAGAUCUAUUAAAACUUUUACGAGGUAAGAUUUACACUUUAGAUCCUCCACAGAACACAUGUAGUUACACUGUAGUGACUAACACUUUUGUUUGCACAAUUGUUAGAUUGGAAGAAGUUAGGUCUAUUGUUAAUGCUCCAAUGUUAGUUCAUAUUUUUCUCAACUUCCCACAUCUAAUAACUAUUUCGAUGUUUGUGUUUUCUUUUGAUAGGUUGUUACUGUUAAUUCAAGUGAUUAUGUUCUACACUAAUGUAACAAGGAUUAAACAUUUUUUCAUCCUGGGAUUUCCUGGACUUUCACAGGAGUAUUAUGGACCUGUGUCAGCCCUGCUUUUUGUUUUCUUCUUGGCUAUAGCUGGAGGAAAUAUUUUUAUUUUAGUGUUUGUUAAAUGUGAGAGGUCUCUUCACAAACCCACAUAUCUGAUAUUUUGCCACUUGGCACUAACUGACUUAUUGUUUGGGACUGUAACUCUGCCAAAGAUUAUAUCAAAAUAUUGGUUUGAUGACAGCAUUAUUUCAUUUUAUGGAUGCUUUGUGCAAAUGUACUUUGUUCAUUUUUUAGGGGCGUCUCAUUCUUUCAUCCUGAUGGUGAUGGCCCUUGAUCGCUUUAUUGCAAUUUGUGCUCCACUGCGUUACACAGCUCUUUUCACAAACAACACUGCUUCUGUGCUUUGUGGAAUAUCAUGGAUUUGGCCAAUGUGUUGGAUGGUGGUUAUAGUUGUAGAUGCUCUGAGAUUGCCUUACUGUAAUUUAAACAUAAUUACACAGUGCUACUGUGACCAUCAGGCAAUAACAGUGCUUGGAUGUGAGGCUGUGCGAGAAGUUCAGGAAGUGGCAUUUGGUGGGGCCAUGUUCAGUUUGCUGUUGCCUCUGGGUUUUAUCAUCGUUUCUUAUUUUGUCAUCAUUGUUGCAGUUAUAAGAAUGACCAGUUCUAAUAGCAGCCGCAUGUUGGCUCUGUCUACCUGCUUGCCACAGAUUAUCAUCACAUUUCUCUAUUACAUGCCAAGAUGCUUUGUGUACAUGGCAAAUAUUGUGGGAUUUACAUUCGGUGUCCCAAUUCGCGUAGUGAUUGUAAUGCUGUACAGUAUUUUACCUGCUGCCAUUAACCCAUUAAUAUACUGUUUCAAAACCAAAGAUAUCAAAGAACACUUGAAAAAGAAAUUAGUUAUUAUGAAAAUUAAUAACAGCACAACAACUGGGUAA